AUGUCAGCAAAGAUAUCAUCGCCCGUCGACGGCGAACUGGACUUCAUUGUCAGAGCACCAACGCCAAAAUCAUUGUCCAUCGAGGAUGAUUUGGACGUCGCAUGGGCCAAAGCCGUGAAGAGGUUCAAAGAUGCUUCCAAGGCAAACUACCCCGACAAAAAGAUGUCGAUUGGGGAUGUGCUCGCCAGCAUGAACACGCAAGACGCGAAGGAAGCAACCAAGACGAGGGCAAAGGCCAUAGUCUCGAAUAUUCUGAAUUGUAUUCAGCUUUUUGGAGAAGUUGUCGCAAGCGCCUCGAGUGCCGUCUUCUCUCCAAGCCAACAAUGCUUCAACGCCCUCAACUUCGUCAUUGUGGCCGUACAGAAAUACCAGAAGAUGUUCGAAGACCUCACCACCCUUUUAGAGCGUGUAUCGGUGUUCAUCGGAACUCUUCGCAUCUAUCUCGAAGAAAAGAACGCUGUCAAGUUAGAUCUACGACUGCGGCCAGUCGUUUAUCGAGUACUUGAACACUUCAUGGCGAUAAUGACGCUAGCGAUCAAACUCACGGACCGCAAAGGACAAUGGAAGGCGGGCGCGAAAACCUUUUUUCUUGGCGGAGAUGGAAGUGUCACAGACGCUCUGGCUACGCUGGAGACCCUCGUAUCGGAGUUCGUGCAGGUGCAGGUUGCUGUGAUUGGUCAAGAUCUUUCAGAGGCUGCUCGCGGCAUCCGAACCCUGGAUGGCAAGAUGGACGUCCUGGAUGACAAGAUAGAAUUAAUUGCAAGCAACAUGGAAUGGCGAGAUGAACGAGAUUGGAUCCAAGACGUUCAAAACCAACUUCGAAUACGGCUACGAAUUGAUGAAGGCGAGCCUUAG